AUGGGUGAGAGGCACCAUAUGAUUUCUAUAUCAUUUAAUUUUAUAAGUAAUGCACCAAAAACACCGAUAUUGACUUCAUUCGAAAGAAGUCCUGAGCAAUCAAAAGACGUAUGGAAAAAUGAAUUAAAUACAUUUAAAAUUCCACAAUUAAAACAUGAUAAUAUAUUAAAUUUUAUUGGUGGUAAUCCUUAUUAUUCAAAUGAUAAACCAGAGUACUGGAUUAUAACUGAUUAUCAUGAAAAUGGAUCACUUUAUGAUUAUAUUAAAAAAAAUAUAUUAAAUGGUAAUGACAUGUGUAAAAUUGCUGAGACAAUGGUUAAAGGUGUUCGUCAUUUACAUUCUGAAAUACCAGGUAAUAUGGCAUAUGAAUAUAAACCAGCAAUUGCACAUCGUGAUUUUAAAUCACAAAAUGUUUUAAUUAAAUCUGAUAAAUCUGCUUGUAUUGCUAAUUUUGGUUUUGCUAUUGAAUUUGAACCUGGUAAUGUUUGCAGCAAUGUUCAUGUUCAGGUUGGUACUGCAAGAUACAUGGCACCAGAAGCACUAGAAGGUACACCAGUUGGAGAAUAUAAACAUCCAUAUGAGGAAGAAGUUGGUCCACAUCCAAAAAUUAAUACAAUCUUGCCAAUUGUUGCAGGCGAAAAAGACAUUCCAUAUUCCAAGAGCAUGGCGAAAUCAUCCGUUGUUGGCAGUUUAUAG